AUGCCUGACAAACAGACAGAUAGACAAAAGAAAUGGCAACACUUGAUGCCUGACAAACAGACAGAUAGACAAAAGAAAUGGCAACACUUGAUGCCUGACAAACAGACAGAUAGACAAAAGAAAAGGCAACACUUGAUGCCUGACAAACAGACAGAUAGACAAAAGAAAAGGCAACACUUGAUGCCUGACAAACAGACAGAUAGACAAAAGAAAUGGCAACACUUGAUGCCUGACAAACAGACAGAUAGACAAAAGAAAUGGCAACACUUGAUGCCUGGACAACAGACAGAUGCACAAAAGAAAUGGCAACACUUGAUGCCUGGACAACAGACAGAUAGACAAAAGAAAUGGCAACACUUGAUGCCUGACAAACAGACAGACAAAAGAAAUGGCAACACUUGA